UCAGAGUUUUGGGGCACGAUUGUGCUUUACUUCAUCCCCCCGCCGCGCGCGGAGCAGCGCUGCCAUCGUGGAGGGAGCAGGCGGGUCAAGAAUGAGGGGGCUGACGCGCGCGGCGAAGCGCGCCGGCGAGAUGGCCUUCAACGCCGGCGGAGGCGCCGUCAACUGGUUCCCGGGCCACAUGGCCGCCGCCUCCCGCGCCAUCCGAGACCGCCUCAAGCUUGCCGACCUCGUCAUCGAGGUCCGCGACGCACGCAUUCCAUUAUCCUCAGCAAAUGAAGACCUUCAACCAGUGCUUGCAGCUAAAAGGCGUAUUCUUGCUCUAAAUAAGAAGGAUCUUGCAAACCCCAAUAUAAUGAAUAGGUGGCUUAAUCAUUUUGAAUCAUGCAAGCAGGAUUGUAUUUCAAUAAAUGCACAUAGCAGCAGUUCUGUUAAUCAGCUUCUUGGACUUGCUGAGCUGAAACUGAAGGAAGCAAUCUCGAAAGAGCCAACACUUCUUAUUAUGGUUGUUGGUGUCCCUAAUGUUGGCAAGUCUGCACUCAUAAAUUCCAUUCACAGAAUUGCUACGUCUCGAUUUCCAGUGCCUGAUAAGAACAAGCGGGCUAUGGUGGGGCCACUUCCAGGUGUCACUCAAGAUAUUGCAGGGUAUAAGAUUGCAAGUCAGCCAAGUAUUUAUGUGCUUGAUACACCUGGUGUUCUUGUGCCAAGCAUACCAGAUAUGGAGACAGGUCUAAAGCUUGCUUUAACAGGAGCAGUUAAAGACUCGGUAGUCGGAGAAGAACGUAUAGCAAAAUAUUUAUUAUCUCUUCUUAAUAUCAGAAAAACACCCCUGCACUGGGAGCGGUUGGUGCACAGAAGAGGCGAGGUGCAUGAAGAAACAUGCAGCCAUAAUGAAAAUGACUCAAGGGAUUCACUACGAAGGAGGAGAUGUUUGAAUAAUUCUGAUGCCUUAUAUGUUCAGGAUUUAGUGACGGAGGUCCAGAGGACACUAUGCAGGACGUGCCUGGACUACACUGGCAACACCGAGGAAGAGAGCGAGCUGGAAAGCCUCAUAGACAUGCAGCUCACGGCUCUUCGCAAGGUGUUCAGAAUACCUCACAAGCCCUUUGAUGAAACCCACGGCCCUACCUCGAAGAAGUUGCUGACUCUCUUCAGGUCAGGGAAGCUUGGCCCGUUCAUCCUCGACGACCUUCCGGAUGAGCAGUAAAUUCAAGAUUAACCUGUGUUGAAGGAAUUAGUACGAGCUGCUGUGUGCUAUCCUUGGUAUCCUUGCCAAUCAUUCAAAAGCUCAAAAGCAAAACUCGACCACCUUUUUGCUCUGCGCUGCUAAUGUUUUGUGAUGUAAGGAAUUAGUACGAGCUGCACGGCACAUAGCAUCUUGCAGGGAGCAACCUCUGAAGAAAAAUUACAAGUAGCCAACAGAUAUUUUCAAUGCUGCUGUGUGCUAUCCUUGGUAUGCAGGAUACCCUUUUUUUUUAUGAAGUCCGUAGGUUUUGUUAAUAGCAGGGGUAAUGCUUCUGUGUCGCUCUGGCUGGCUGUUGACAUGGACAGAACGUGGCUUGCGCCUGAUUCAGAAUUGAAGUGCCAGCCUAAUGUCAUGAGUGAACUGGGGCAAGAAGGCAUGCAUAAAAGAGAACAGUAAAAUGGAAAACCAUCUCUUACCCCGGCCGGCCAAGGAUAAACCUCUGGUUUGAUAUCUUGUGGUCUUACUAAUGCGGUACAUAUUUCAGUGGUAGGCAAUUUUUCCG